AUGACAGAAGCGGGUGGCUCCAGGUCGGGGUCGGAGCUGCGGCUGCAGCCUGCAGCGGCCAACGACAGCAGGCCGGGGCAGGACGCGCUGUCCGCGGGCAGGAUGCUGCUGGAGGCGGCCGUGGUGCUCAUGUGUUUGGGUGCCGUGACAGGUAAUAUUCUUGUCAUUGUCAUUGUGGCUGCAACCAAGAGCCUGCACUCAGUGACGUCAGUGUUGAUCAUGAACCUGGCCAUCAGUGACCUCUUGGUGGGCAUCGGAGUCAUGCCUUUUGUUGCUCUGUCCGUCAUGGACAGCGGAUGGGUGCAAUGCGCUGACCUCUGUUUAUAUGUGGGCUUCACCUCCUCUGUGUAUUGCACAGCUUCCGUAUUGACCCUAGCUGCCAUCGCUCUUGACCGCUACCACUCCAUCAUGGACUGCCUGCGGUACGGCUCCCGCUGCACCGUGUGGAGAACCUGCGCGGUGGUCCUGUGGAUCUGGCUGCAGGCCCUGGUCACCAGCAGCCCUCCACUGCUAGGCUGGGGCUCCUUCAGCUAUGCCGUUCCCAUGUAUAUCUGUGCAGUUGACUGGGCCACCAGUCCCAGCUAUACCGCCGUCAUUGCUGCUAUCUCCUACCUCAUGCCUGCGGUGGUGAUCCUCUUUUGCUACGUGAACAUUGUCAAGGUGGCUCGAUGCCACGCCAGGAGGAUUCACACACUGGAGGACUCUGUCCAGCGGAGCAGGGAAACCCUCUCCGGCUCUACUCCUAAUGGUGCACCUCACCAGCACCCUGGAAACACGAACAACGCCUGGAGACUUAUCUUUCCCAUGAAUGGAAAGUUUGUGUCUUGUGUCGGCACAGACUCUGUCCCUCCUGAAGCUGCAACACAGCCGAGCAGCUCGGAGCCACCUGUCCACAACUCCCAGCAGCACCACCACGGAGUGGCACGCCUCCUCCUGCUCAUCUCAGCAUUCCUCGUCUGCUGGACGCCUUACAUUAGCAUGGCUGUGGUCCAGGCCACGGAAGCUGCCAUUUCAGGCCGGUCCACCCUCGUCCCACGCUCUGCCAUCACCUUCUCCUACUGGCUGGUGCUGCUGAACUCUGAUAUCAACCCUCUCCUCUACGCUCUGCUCAGCAAGCGUUUCCAGAGCGCUCUUUGGGGACUCGGACACAAAAUAAGAACUCAUUUGGGGAGUGUCUUGGGGAGGGAAGGGAAGGUCAGGACCGAGGGAGACGACACCAGGACCAGUGACCCCUGCUCCCUGACCACCGCCCAUGCCGGUCCUCGUUCCAGCACAGAGAGUUUGACCUCUGACAAGUCAAAGUAUUCCUCUUCCAUUUUUACUAUUAGCGCUGGCUUCAAAUGUCACGCUGAGGAACAUGUGUGUCAUUGUGAAAACAGCCCCGGCUCAUCGGUGUGGCGAGAUGCUGGUGAGAGGAGAGACAAGCUGCAGGUGCCGCCUCGGCCACAAGAGGGCAGCAGACUGCCCUUCUCCGCUCUGACUAAGGAGCGGCAGGCCACCUUCUUCUUCGGCCAGAUUACUGUUAAAGUGGAGCAUGAUUUCUGUUAAGGCUGAUUUCUGGUUCCGCGUUACACCAACGCAGAGCGU